CUUUCACCUUUCGUCCGCGGCAUUUGUGUGUAUCAUGGCGGCUGAAACAUCGACAGCGACUUUUGUGGGAGAUUUCUCCUCUGUUUUGUAACCAUUGCCAUGUGAUAUGUUCAAUUUGCUUCUGAGAAUAGGAACGGCAAUACUUAGGGACCAAAUGUCAGGCUCGCAGGCUUUCUAUGCUGUUAGGAACGGGCGGAACCCGGGUGUUUACCGGACAUGGGAUGAGUGCCGGGACCAGGUAAACAAGUACUCCAAUGCGCAGUUCAAGAAGUUCAGGACCCAGGAGGAAGCCUAUCAGUUUAUGUCAUCACAGGGUGGCAGGGCCUCUUCUUCUGCGACAUCCACAUACAGACAUGCGCCCGCAGCUUCUCCAUCUUCCUCCUACACAGCAGCUUCUUCAUCUUACUCCUACCAAGGAGGCUCUUCCUCCUACUCAGGCAGGCGCUCAGGCUACCAGGCAAGGCCCUUUCCUUACAUGCGAAAGAGAUCUUUGUCACCUGCUGCCUCCGUACAAGCAGCCUCCAUUGACAUUGAACACCAGAGUCCAAAAAGAGCCAGAUACGUGGACACCAACUUCAACGAGAGAGAGAGUACUAGUAUCAGUGGCUUCACAUAUAAAGAUGGUGCAGCGGUGGUGUACACAGAUGGUUGCUGCACUGACAAUGGCUUCCAUGGUGCUAGUGCAGGAAUAGGUGUCUACUGGGGGCCCGGGCAUGAAAGAAACGUAAGCGCCAAAUUACCUGGACGACAGACAAACAACAGAGCAGAGAUCCAUGCAGCACGUCAAGCCAUUGAGUCUGCUAAAGAGAUGGGCUUGGCAAAGAUCAGUCUGCACACGGACAGCCAGUUCCUCAUCAAUGGUGUAACAAAAUGGAUUCACGGCUGGAAGAAAAACGGUUGGAAGUUAUCCACAGGGAAACCUGUCCAGAACAAGGAAGACUUCCAGAGCCUGGACUCGGCACUGCAGGGUAUAGAUGUGCAGUGGGUUCACGUGAGGGGACAUGUCGGCAUCCCUGGGAACGAAGCUGCAGACGGUCUGGCCAGGGAAGGAUCACGCAAGUCUCUGGAAGAUAGGGGAGCUCUGCGCAACUGAGAUCUCGUGCAUUUUCUACAAGGAUUAUCGUAUAUUUGCCAUACUUAACUAUAUCACGAAGUUCCUUCCACUUUGUUGCAAUGUUAGUUUAUAUUUUGCCUUUGUUCCACGUGUUUCAAAAAGUCUGUCCCAGUGACAAAGGAGACGUAAACAGGCUUUAUUUAUAUUAAAAGUUGACCACUGAGCAU